AUGUCAUCAAUUGUCCCUUCAAGUAUUACUUUAAUACUUGAACCAUUAAACGAUACUUUUACUACCAAGAGGGUCGUUUUGGUUCCCGGGACAAUUAUCAAGGUUGGACGUACAACCAAUAAGAAUACAGCUCCAACCGAAAUAAAUGGAUAUUUUGAUAGCAAAGUUCUCUCCAGAACUCAUGCAGAGAUUUGGAGUGAACACGGAAAAAACGAAUUGAUUUAUAGUCGAGAAGAGUCACGUCAAUUAGAUGAAUUAAACAUUACAUUGAGUUCCAUAAUCAAUACUUUGGAUUCAAUGUCUGGCAAGCAAAUGAUAGAAGAACAUUUGAAAGAGUACUCGCGAAAACUUGAUGAUUCCACUGCACUUGUUAAUGAAUAUAAACAUAAAUGUGAACGUUUGGAGUUGCAAAUCAAGGAAUUAGAGACAAAGUUACAACAUAAGAAUGGAUUAAUGGAAAUUGAUAAAUUAGUUGAUCAUCUUAAAAAACUAUUGGAUGAACCACUAAUUGUCAAGAAUUCUUUGGAGAAAUUAUCUAAAAAUAACAAAGUAAUUGGAAAGAAGAAUGGGAAAGAAUUAGAAGAAGUUAAAGAAGUAAAAAAAGAAGUAAAAGAAGAAGAAGCAAACGAAGAAGAAGUAAAAGAAGAAGUAAAAGAAGAAGUAAAAGAAAAAGUAAAAGAAGAAAAAGUAAAAGAAGAAGUAAAAGAAGAAGUAAAAGAAGUAAAAGAAAAAGUAAAAGAAGAGGAAGAUGAUGAUGAUACAGAUACAAUCUCGGAAGAUAAUUAUAAUAAAAGUCAGGAGGAUUCUAUAAAACUUCUUGAUCAAAAAGUUUCGACUUUAUUGGAAGAUAAUAAUAUAUUGGUAGAUAAAAUAAUAGAAUAUAAUCAAGUAAUUGAAGAAAUAUUUAAAUUCCGAGAUGAUAUGAUCACGAUAAAUGAUCAAAUCAGAAUAUCCGAGGAACAUUAUCGAGAGAUGAUUGAUAACAAAGAUGAACAAUUUAAUACGGAUGUGAAUGAAUUAGUUAAAGAAAUUCAAUCAUUGAAAUUUGAAAACAAAAAUUUGAAAGAAGAGAAGAUUAAGUGGAAUUCUGAUAAUAAAUUUAUAAAUAAUUUCGAGUGUACGGAAGAUGGUUCACCUUUUAAAAUAGAAAGUGUAAGAAUGAUCACCAAAAAUAAUAAAAAUGAUGAAGUUACUGUUUCUAAGAUGAAAGGAUUAACGACAAAUAAUGAAAUAAAUGAAGAUCAGAUGAUGAAUGAUAAUAAUAGUUCAUUGAUUAAUAAAAAUACAUUAGUAAAUGAUAGUGUUAAUGAUUUUACGAUAGCAAGAACGAUCAAAAAUGAUGAUGAACUAGGUCGACGUAAAAAUAAGAGAGAUGAGACUUUGGAAGGACCAGAUUAUAGAAGACUAGUCAAAGAGGAAGCAAUUAAACAAUUCCUGGAGAAGAACAGAAAGACAGAGAGUAGAAAAUAA